CACACUGGAGAGCAAUACAAACAAAUAUGGCGGAACCAGCGUUGGAGUCAUGGAUAAGGAUGGACUUUCCAACAUUAUUGAAUGAAAUUCUCGCCGAGAAGUUCAGGGAAAACCAUUUAGCUGUUUUACAAUCGCUGACAAAUGCGUUACGAAUUCAGGAUUACAGAGACCGCAGUGAGGAUGAAGCCUUCAGGAGCCUAAUGAAGAUCCUGUCAAAGCUAUCAGAGGAGAUCCAGGCUGCAGGUGGAGAGGUUGAAGAGCUGAUCCUGCAGUUGACUGCAGCAUGCUUCAGAGCCCAGAGGAAUGGCUGUGUACAGUGUGCACGCAACCAGUCCCUAAUGAGGUCCCUUGGUGCUAUUGACCUGUCAAUCAGAAUCCUAGACAUGCUUCAGAAACUGAAGUCUGAGAACACUGACUACGUCUUUGAAGCACUUCGAUGUGGGAUACAGUUCAUUGGAAACCUUGCUGUUGAUAACCAGUUCUGCAAAGAUGACAUUUGGAGGCUCAUCUUUCCAGAUCUUCUCUUGGCCCUGCUGUGUGUGGAUGAUGAAAGGGCAGUGGGCUACUCCUCCAUGGUGCUCCACACCUGUCUGGAUGAACACAAGGUGGAGCAACUGGCUCAGCCAGGGAACAUCCACCUGGCCCUGAAGGUCAUGGAGCUGUGUAGGACUCAGUCAGAACUGGACUGGACGGUUUUGAUUGCUACCCAGCACUUCCUCAAGUCCUCAGUGCUCGUUAAGAACAUGUAUGCAGGGAUGAGCCAUCAGGAGAGCUGCAGGGUGACGUUGCUGGAGCUGAUCUCUGCUCAGUUGGGAGAGGAGGACUCUGAGGACUGUGGGAUCCCCCCCACCGUAGCUACCUACCUGGCAUCCUGCUUCCAGGAGCGCUGUGGGGCUGUGCUCACACUCGCAUCCAAAUCAGACAAUGAGGAGGCCCUGACUGUGAUCAGCCUGUUAGAUGUUCUCUGUGAGAUGACCUCUGAUCACAAACAGUUCAUGUUCCUGCAGAACCACCCUGAACUCCUCAAGUCUACAGUUGAUCUCCUGCAGCAGGUCCAUGCUCUGGGGAAGACCAGUAAGAAUGUAUUCACUGCAGCUCAGAACUUCUCCUUGGCUCAGGGAGGAGACUGCUCCUCCUCUCCCUCUGUCAGCUUCAAGGCACAUCUCAUCCGACUCAUAGGAAACCUCUGUCACGGAAACACUGCCAACCAGAACAAGGUUAGGGAACUGGAUGGUCUUCCUCUCAUUAUGGACAACUGCAGUAUUGACAGCAACAAUCCCUUCAUCAGCCAGUGGGCCAUCUUUGCCACCAGGAACAUUCUAGAACACAACCUGGAGAAUCAGGAGCUGGUGGCAGCUCUAGAACGUUGCGGGGUGGCCGAUGACUCCGCCCUGAGGGCCAUGGGUUUCAGAGUAGAGGAGAGAGAUGGUAACGUGCUGCUCAAACCCUGUUCAAAAGACCCUUAAAGGUGCCCUAAACUCUAAGGACUAUAUAGUACUGCACAACCUUUUAGUGCACUAUUGUUUUGCUCUGGUAGUGCGCUACUUUUUUAGCUCUAGCUCUUUUUAGCUCUAGCCUUGGUUAAACUGUGGGAUGGACUGGACCCAAUCUUCUGCUGGGGUUUGUUAUGGUACACAAAAUGUAUAGGAGGGGUCCUUAUUUAAAAGUAUGUUUAGUGUGGAGUAUAGAGGGGUGGUUAUUUAACACUUUGUGUUUCUUAAGUAAAGGGAAAUGAAGGGUUUCUGUGAGUUGAGUGGACUCCUGCUGGUAUCUGUGAUAUAGUGUUGGGGUUUAAUCCUCCAACAAAGAGCAGCCCUGUUUCCUGCCCUUUCACCCCACUCAGAGACUCCUGACAUCGGCAGGGGGUGGGCUCUAAUUCCAAAACCAAUCAAUUUUGCGGAAAUCAACAAAAAGCGAGAGAAUGACCGAAACAUUAAGGGACUGGAAUGUCGAUCCGACUUCAAGCUAGCUUCAGGAAUUCUCACAUUUGAUUGAAACCUCAGGCAUUUUGACUGGAGAAUGUUUCUCGUUUUCACACAAAUGAUUUCAAACCAAUUUAUUGGUGAUAACCAAACUAUACAGGGUGCCCCCUUCCAUUCUAAGGGUGUUGCUCAGGGUAUGCAUUUUGAUUGUCUUGCUACAAGCUUUGCAGUAUAUCUGCUUUUACCACCCUGUUUUGGAUUUUUGGUGAUAUCAAUGAUACAAAGGACCAUUCCUGUCCUUCAGGUACUGCAUGUUUCUUUACAACAACAAAACUUAGAUUUAGUUACAAGUAGAUACAUAUUUGUAGUUACAUAUUCCAAUCAAUAACACCAGUCGUCAACUUCCUUAUGCAUUUCAAUAACCUAACCUAUGUUAUGUGGCAGCUUUGUUUGCGGUGUGUGUGUGUACUUUGACUGGUGUGGAUCUUUAGCAGCCAGCUAGACAGAGGACAGACAGCCUGAGUGUGAUUGGCAGUGUGUAGACAGAGACCAGUGUUAGUGGCAGUGUGUAGACAGUGAGCCCUUGUGUAAGUGGUAGUAUAUGUGUUUGUAGACAGAGACCAGAUAGUGUGAGUGGCAGUGCGAGUGAAUCAGACCAGAAGUAUUGGCUUGCAGAACGACCCCCCCCCCACACACUGAAUAAGCUGACCGGUCCUGACACCUCAACAAUACAUUGCUUUAGUCACCCGGCCCACUCGCCACUCCGGCCUAUUUACUCUGUCCCUUAUUUUUUAAUGACAAAAUGUAUUGAAACAAUCGGGUUGACUUUCCCCAAUCCGCUGGGUAUAGUGAGGGGAGCUUAUGAGGUUCCGGUCCCCAGCAUUUCAGACGGAUAACAAAACACGGCCUUUGCUUCUGCUCGAGUGGCUGCCUGCAAUGCUUUUCAAACCCAGGAAAACCCAGAGAGAGCGUCAGGCUGGCUGAAUGAGGUGGCCGUCACAGCCAUCUAUUCAACAGCUUUGGGGUCAGGAGCAAACAGCUGUCCAACAGCUUUCAGGACUGAAAGGUGUCAUCUAGAUCAGCGUUUCUCAACUCAAACCUUAACUCUGUCCUCCUGUGCCUUCUGUACUGGUAUUCUUCCCAAAUUAUAUCCAUACUACUCAAGGUCUAUAUAAUGGAUGAUUGUAACUUUAACUGCUGAAUAAAAUAUUUGUGUGACAAAUGUUCUGUUUUUUCAGA